AAAUGGCGUCCACGAGCGACACUCACGUUCUACUCCAAAAAAGGUGGCGCUCUGAAAGAUAUCCUGGAGCGUUUAGCUGCCGGAGAUGAUGUUAGUGACUUCAGUGACCUUUCGGACAGCGACGAAGAGGAAUGUACUGCAGCAAAUAGCGAUGCGGCGAUUGAGUUCCUACAACAAGUUUAUACAGAUAAUGAGGUAGAGAUAACAUGGGAAGGGGAAACUACAAAGCCAGCUAAAAUAAGAGGAGGACUCAGACAGGGAUGUCCAUUGUCACCCCUGCUUUUUAUGAUCUACAUGAGCCAAAUGGAAAAGAGACUAGAACAGAGCACAAUAGGCACUGACAUAAGCUAUAUGCUGGAAGGGCAGAAGGUAGCUCAAGUACUAGCCGGACUGAUGUAUGCAGAUGAUAUUGUACUGCUUGCGGACACCCGAGUAGGGCUACAGGAACUAAUGAGCAUAUGUGGAGAGGAGGGAGAAAAAUUGGGACUGCAAUUCAGUAGAGAGAAGUCUGGGAUAAUAGUAUACAAUGAAGAAAGGGGGGAACCAUUGGAAAUACAAAGCACUAAGAUAGAUCAUGUUGAAAAAUACAAGUAUUUGGGCAUAUGGCUAAACGAGGGCAAAAAGUACUUGGAAGAACAGGAAAAAACUAUGAUUGAAAAAGUGAAAAGGAAUUCAGCUGUAAUGAAACACAAGGCACUUUGGAACUAUAAUAGGUACGAGGUGGUUAGGGGGGUAUGGAAAGGGGUUAUGGUACCAGGCCUCACAUUCGGAAAUUCAGUACUGUGCAUGAAAUCAGAAGUUCAGGCAUGCAUGGAAACGAGACAGAGAAGUGUAGGCAGGUUGGCCUUAGGAGCACACGGGAACACCCCAAUUGAGGGAGUGCAGGGGGACAUGGGAUGGACGUCAUUUGAAGGUAGAGAAGCAAUAAGUAAACUAAAAUUUGAACAGAGACUCUCAACACUGGAGGAAAAAAGGUGGGCAGGAAAAGUGUACAAAUAUCUGUACAUGAAAAGUUUGAACACAAAGUGGACACUUAGAACGAGGAAGCUGAGGAAUAGAUACCUACAGCCGAGGGAGGGGGUCCAACGUGGUUCUAGUGUGGGAAAGGAGGUGAAGGAGAUGGAAAGAAAAAUGUGGGAAGAAAGAAUGCUCGGAAAGCCAGCGCUAUCAAUGUAUAGGUCACAAAAACAGGAGAUUAAGAGAGAGCUCUUAUUUGAUAACUCGCGGGGCAGCUCACUAUUAUUCGAGGCUAGGACGGGGGUUUUGAGAACGAAAACAUACAGGGCUAAAUUCGAAGACGUGGACGUUCGGUGCACAGCAUGCAGAGCCAAAAUGGAGACCACUGAGCAUAUAGUGCUGCGAUGCUCAGACCUUCACCCGACCCUGGCAGAGGGAACAGUGGCAGAUAUGGAAGGGGCAUUAGGUUUUCCCGGGGAACGAGGGCAAAUAGACGAGAAAAGAGUGGCAGUAACGAAGAGGAGGCUAGAGGAUUGGUGGAGGAAGUCAAGGGAUAGAUAAAACCAUAAAUCGGGGAGAUAAUGCUUCCUGUACUGUUUUAGAUAGUUAUAUUGGGGGGAAAAGGGGAGUAAAAACUAGGUUAAGAAAAAGAAGAUAUAAAGAAAGGAAAAAAAGAAUAAUAAUAAAAUAGGAGGGGGAGCAAAAGGCUAGGUGGCGCCAGCUGCCGCCCGUUACAAAGGGUAUAGCCGCCAUCCAUUCUGUGUCAAGUGAUGACGAAGAGACAGAGGACUUCUGCGGUGGUUCAGCUGUCGCGUCAUCAUCCCAUCCUGGAAGAAAGUGGGAGAAGGCCUUGCUCGAGAUUGCCCAUCCAGAAUUUUCGGGAACAUUUAGUGAACCGGACGAUCUUGAAUCUCCAGUGAAGCUUUUUAGAAGGCUUCUCACAGAUGAUAUGCUAGCAAUGCUAGUUGAACAAACGAACUUGUAUAAUACGCAGAAAUAUGGAAAAUCGGCGAACACAAGUAUCCAUGAAGUCGAACAGUACAUUGGCAUGUACUUGCAAAUGGGUCUCGUCCAAAUGCCAAAUGUAAGAUGCUACUGGGAACAAGGCACAAGGCACUCACCAGUUGCUGACACAAUGUCAAGAAAUCGCUUCUUGAAAUUGAUGGCAUGCCUGCACAUUGUUGACAAUCUCGCAGUUCCCGAAGAAGAAAAAAAAGACAAGGUUUGGAAGCUGCGGCCUUGGAUUGUCGCCCUGCAACGGAACCUUGAAAGCAUUGAACAAGAGGAAUACAAUGCAGUUGACGAAAUGAUGGUGCCUUUUACGGGUAGAAGUAGCCUAAAACAAUAUAUGCCCAACAAACCAGUACCAUGGGGCUUCAAGCUUUGGGGUCGUGCUGGAGCAACUGGUAUUCUAUAUCAGUUUGACGUGUACCAAGGCAAGACCAAUGCCAACUACACAUUUGGACUAGGUGGCGACACUGUCCUGGAUAUGUGCAGCAAACUACCUUCCGACGAGGGUUUCAAGGUGGCUGCAGAUAAUUUUUUCAGCUCUUUGGACCUCGUUGAAGAACUUACUGGCCGUGGUAUCCAGUACGUCGGUACUUUGCGCCAAAAUCGGCUAAAGGAUUGUUCGCUCAAGUCUGAGAAAGCCCUAAAGCCACAUGGACAAGGUUCCCACGAUCAUAGUGUCGACAACGGGGCAGGCCUUGCGGUUGUACGUUGGUUCGACAGGAAAGCCAUAACAUUAGUUUCAAACUUUGUGUCCGUGGAGCCUGUUGAGAAGGUAAAGAGAUAUGACCGCAAGGCCAAAGUCCACAUAGAUGUACCGCGCCCAGCUAUUGUUGCGGUGUACAACAGUUUCAUGGGCGGUAUAGACCAGCACAAUUAUCAGGUGGCUCUAUACAAAUUCAAUAUCAGAUCCAGGUGGUGGUACAUGUAUAUUUUGUACCACAGCCUAUUUAUCUGUGUGGUGAACGCUUGGAACAUCCAUAGGCGCCAAUGUGUCCAGCUAAAAACAAAAGCGAUGAAGUUACGAGUAUUCAUUGCUGAGCUGUCAGAUUCUUUGAUGUUCUGUGGAAAGACAAGAAAAGGACGACCUUCUAGUCUCCCUUCACCAGUCCCAAAGAAAAGAAAAGUGGCGACAAAGCUACCUCAAAGUGAAGUACGGAAAGAUGGUGUUGGCCACUUUCCCCUGGUCACCAACAAGAGAUUGCGAUGCAGGAACUGUUCACCAAGUAUGAACACGUUCAGUUCUGUUAUUUGUUCCAAAUGUGAGGUGACACUUUUUCUGAACAAAGACAGAAAUUGUUUUUAUGACUACCACAAGCAAUGAAGAUCUGGCUUGCACAGCCUUCCUGAACUAACCAAGAAGCCCAUUGUAUCAAAUAUGAUACAGACUGCAGUAGCGUAAUGCUUACAUAUUUUUGUAGUAUUUUUGAAUUAUUCGACUCAUGUGCAUCGCAGAAGUCAAUAAACAAGUUAUCUCAUUUU